AUGCCUGUUAACAACACGGUGGCGCUUUACGCUGAUUGGCGUCAAGAUCAGUUUCAACCCAGUGUAAAGAUGUCUUCAUAUCUGUUGGCAUUUGUGGUUUCACAAUUUUAUGGACUUCGUGGAGUGGAUUCAAAAGGAAGAAAUUUUACUGUCUGGACAAGACCAGAGAAAAUUGAAUCAGCCAGGUAUGCUUUGGAUAUCGGUAGAAGACUUCUUACAUACUUUGAAAAUUACUUUGGAGUGCCUUAUCCACUUCCAAAAAUGGAUAUGAUUGCAAUUCCUAACUUUAAAUCUGGCGCAAUGGAAAACUGGGGUCUAAUAACAUUUCGAGAAAGUGCACUGUUAUGGAAUCCGUAUACUGAUUCAGCUGCAUCGAAGGAAUGGGUGACAAUUGUUAUUGCCCAUGAAUUGGCUCAUCAAUGGUUUGGUAACUUAGUGACGAUGAAGUGGUGGAACAACCUCUGGUUAAAUGAAGGUUUUGCAAGUUUUCUUGAAUACACUGGCACAGACUUUGUUCAACCAGAUUGGAAAUUGGAUGAACGAUUCAUUUUUUCCGAUUUGCAAAGAGCAAUGAUCUCAGAUGCCUCCAGUGAAUCUCAUCCUGUUAUUAAUUUAGCUGUAUAUCCAGCCGAGAUCGAGGACAUUUUUGAUCCAAUAACAUACAGUAAGGGUGCUUCGAUAAUCCGGAUGAUGGAGUCAUUUCUUGGACAUGAUGUCUUCUUAAAUGGCUUGAAGAUCUACUUACAAGAAAACAAAUAUAAAAAUACGGACGAAGAAGAUCUAUGGAAGGCGUUGGAUCGUAUUCACUUCUAUGAACCUGUGAAUGAUUCUCUUUUGCCAUCCUCAUACAAUUUCACUUGGAAAAUCCCUAUUACCUACACGACAAAGGAUGGGUCAGCGAAUGAAAUCAUAUGGAUGAACAACGCUACUCUGAAGAUGAAGCUCAACGUUAUGCCAAAUGACUGGUACAUAAUAAAUAUUGGACAGAUUGGAUAUUAUAGAGUUCAUUACGUUGACAAUAACUGGAAAUUACUGACAGAAGAAUUACUCAAGAAUUUCAAGAGCAUUCCAGAUUCUGCACGCCCACAAAUCAUCGGUGAUUUAUUCCAUCUCUCGAAUCUGAUUUUAUUGCUGAUUCUAUCCCCUGUUAACUCUGAAUACACAUUCCAUAGCAUACCGCCUGGUUUGAAAUCAGCAGUCUACUGUACAGCUAUCAGAUUUGGUGGUCAAGCAGAGUGGAAAUUCCUCAGAAGUCAAUACAAUGUAAAUGAGACAGGAGAUGUUGAAAAGGAAAAUAUCUUGACAGGAUUAUCUUGUUCCCGUGAUAUAUGGACGAUGAAACUAUACUUUGAAUGGAUUAAACAGGACAGACAAUACUGGUCAGCGAUUCCUGAAUUCGCAGUAUCUCCAGUCGGUAAUAAAAUGUUGUGGGACUAUGUUCAUGAACUGGUCAAAUCUUUGAAAACCGACAUGGAAAAUUCAACACAUUCACCGGCUGAAAUUGAUCAAUUCACCAAAGAAGUGAUACAGAGUCUUUCUAAUCCAUAUUACAGCUUGAAUAACAAAAAUGAUGGGGAAAAGAUACUGAGUACAGAGGCUGAUUGGCUUCAGUUACCACAGAAUCAUCCACUCAAACGUGAAUUGUACAAUUUGCUAACUACCUCGAAACGAAAUUUGAAAUGGCUUGACACCCACCUCCACACAAUUGUACAAUGGUUGAAAGAAAACGUUCCUCAUACAUCAUAA